GCCAGAGAAACUCAAGAAGGUAGAAGCGGUGUGCAUCUCUUUGCCUGGGCAGGUCUAGUGACGUUUAUUUUGCUCUGGGCAGCUUUUUUUCGGGCUGCAGCUGAGUGCCAAGAAAUAAUUUGUAGCUCCUGCAGCGGGUUGCGCUCCGAGAAGCACAUACAGUCUUACUUAUUACCGCAAACAUGCGUCUUCACAGAAUAAUGUUUUGGUGGAGAUAGGACUUGCGAGAUUUUCAAUAUUAUAGCGCCAUUGUUUUUCGUGGACACAAGUGCGGGUGGAACGUUGAGAUUAAGCUGUGGGUUUGCGAAGGAAGGACUCGAGCGACAGAAGUGUGUGCUAGUGUAACAGCGAGGCAAGCCCAAGCUUUAGGCCAGUUGGACAGCAUUUGAAUGGUAGUAUCGAAGGGCAAGAUGAGAUUCGAAGAUCCCUUCGAUGUGGACGCCUUCAUCAAUAACCUCCUCAUCCUAAAGAAGUACCCAGGGAAGAAUAUCCGCAUGGAAGAGAGCAAGAUUAAGGCGCUGGUAUCAGCAGCUCGUCAGGUCCUGCUGGACCAGCCGACGCUGGUAGAGCUCGAGGCCCCAGUUAACAUCAUUGGGGACAUCCAUGGCCAGUUCAACGACCUCCUUAGGCACUUCGAUAAGCUGGGUUACCCUCCAGACCAGAACUACCUGUUCCUCGGCGACUACGUUGACAGAGGGAAACAGUCCUUGGAGACAAUCUGUUUGGUGCUGGCAUACAAAGUAAAAUACCCAAACAAUUUCUUCAUUUUGCGAGGAAAUCACGAAUGUGCCUCUAUUAACAGGAUAUAUGGCUUUUAUGACGAGUGCAAAAGAAGAUACAAUGUAAAGUUGUGGAAAACCUUUACAGAUCUCUUCAACUGCCUCCCCUUGGCUGCCCUUAUCGAAGGCACCAUCUUGUGUAUGCACGGCGGGCUGUCUCCAGACCUCCAUAAUCUUGAACAGUUACGGGCGAUUGAGAGGCCUCUCAAUGUCCCUGACUCUGGCUUGGUGUGUGACAUCCUCUGGGCUGACCCCGAUGAGGAGGGUCGUGGAUGGACUCCAAAUGACAGAGGCGUGUCUUGGACCUUCGGCGGAGAUGUACUUAAGGCUUUCCUUGAGCACCAUGAUUUGAGCCUCAUUGUGCGUGCUCACCAGGUAGUCGAGGAUGGCUACCAAUUCUUUCAAAAGCGGUCCCUAGUGACACUGUUCAGUGCAGCUAAUUACUGCGGAGAGUUUGACAAUGCAGGAGCCACCAUGGGAGUCAGUGAGGACCUUACCUGCUGGUUUAACAUUCUCCCACCUGACCGUCGACGAUCCUACAUCAAGAAAUGAGAUGUGAAUAAUCUGGAGCCAGGAUUAUUUAUUGAUGUCUCUCAAGCUGAGUAACACUUGACAGCAUUGAGUCCGACAGUACGAUUUAAGCUCCCAUAUCAAGAGAGCCUAAAAGCAGACUGUGAUUUUUACUUCAGAACUCCAUCUGACUUCACUUCAUUUGCACUUAUUCUUGUGACUGCCAAUGUAAAAGCAUUAUUAGCCCUGCUGUAGGUAGGGCCUUGUAGUAUUGCUGCAAAAGAUUUCUCUGCAUAUGACUGUUAUGAAAACAGCAUGUGCCUCAUGCCUCUCGUGACCACACUUAGUAGUCUUGCAGAGUCCACUUCAGGUAUCUGUGAGCAGAUGAGUUUCAAAGGUUUUGAAGAAGAAGCAAGAUAUUUGUCAGUGGCUACACCGCAUAAAAUACCUCUGCCCCUACAUAUUCUGUGAUACAAAUACCACACACACAAUUACCAAAGAUAUCAGGUUGGGCAGUAACUAAGUCUGCAAACAGACUAGAGUAUUAUAGAAAUAUAUUUAUUAAACAGGACCAUGAUGCAUAAUAUGCUCUGGAACUGAAAGGAAUAACUUAAUUAACAAAAUAUGAAAUUAAAGUACAUGAGCAAUUAAAAGUGAAAGAUGUUAGAAUCAUACAGUAACAUCUAUAAUUCCUUGUACUUUAUAUUUUAUGUAGCAGUGUGUAUUCCUUAAUGUAGGUUGGUCAGACCUGUCCAUGCAGCAUUGUAAUAAUCAUCAUAAUGUGGAGGACAAAAUUUAACUAUUUGCUUUGAAUAAAUUAAAACAAAUGUACAAUUUUAGUGUUCUUAAAUUUACACCUCAUUUUACAAAUGUAUUUUCAACUUACUGUGAUUUUUUGUAUACAGUAUGUACCGUGAUACAGAACAAACAUCACAAGGAAGAUAUAGAUAAAGUUUCUUCUUUGAUUUUAGAUCAGUAUAGUAUAGUGUUAAGAGACUUUGCUGUGAAAUACUGUACAAGUUUAUCUCUGAAACUUUAAGUGGUAUGUAUUUAUUUUAUUGCCUUAAUUUAUAUAUGAUCCUAGAAGUUGUUUCAAACUGCUAUACUUGUGUAAAGAAUAUAUUAUAAUGGGAAAAGCAUUUUGCCUGUCUUAUUAACAUCUUGAUUAGACAUCCGGUUAAUACUUUAGUGUCAGCUUUCAAAAAGGAGAAAGAGUGUGUGCCGUAGCUAUUACAGUCUUGUGAGAAAUGUGUAUCUAGUAAUCUGAGAAAUUAAUUAGGAUCUGAACCUCACAUGAAAUGUGUUGAACCUCUACAAUACAGUGUUCUGUGCACUGUAUUAGCUAUUCAGUAUUAAUGUAUAGCCAAUUCCUCCCUUCCCAGAUGCUGUAGCCUCACACUGUAGGAAAUAGUGUAAUGGAUGUACAGUAUAGCUUUUGGUGUAGCAACAAAAUGGAAGAGAAAAGUAUAAUUAUUUGUAGUUUUCUCUAAUAUAUGGCUUUACUGUAUGCAUAAGUUAUAUUACCAUCUGGAUACAUUAAUCACUAGUGCAAAGAAAAUGAUUAAGCAUCAUGUUACUGUAUUAUCACUGAAUUUAGCUAUAAGAAUGGUUCAUAGAAAUAAACAGUUUGUUUGUAAUGAUUUGUCAAAUAGUGUAAUAUGAAACAAAUUUUACCAUUGAUUUUUAAUGCCUAAAAGUUAAGGGAAAAUAUUAAGGUAAAUACAUGCAUAUAAUGCUCAAUUUAUUCUUGUUUGCUCAGCUUUGAAUAAGACGAUUACCUGCAGGUCCAAGCUUUCCCUUGACUUUCGUAUAGCAUCUGCUCUCACAAGAACAGUAAAGGUUAGAGAACAAGGUGUGCCAUUGCUCAGUCAGCAGACAAAAUGCAAUUUCAAGAGACAAAAGAAUGUCACUGUUAUAGGAUAGAUCUUGAAUAUCAUUAUUGUGCACAUUGUAGUUGUUAUGCACUCACAAUAAAAUUCAUUACUUUUC